AUGAAAUCACAGCAAGAACUCAGAGAGGCCAUUGAGAACACGGCGAGACAGUUCUUAGGUGCCUACAAAGAAGCCGGAGAACAAAACGACCCAGCCAUCAUCAACCGCGAUGUCACCGAAUCUUGCAAAAGAUACUUCAAGCCAGCCGGUGUUCUUCAGCUAUUCGGAUCGCCUCCGGUAGAUGGCUUGAGUAACGCCGACUACGAAGCCGCCAUGGCGCUCGACCUCCAGAAAUAUGUAGUCACCUACAGCGACAUUUCCGACGUGACUGUUGACACCGAGUCGCGCAAGUCUGCGGCAACGACUGUGACAGGCAUGAAAUACAAGGAUGGCGAAGAGGAUGUUAUAGAACAUUCGUGGGUCUUGGACUUUAAUGAGGAUGGGUCUAAGGUUACAAAGGUCAUCGAGUUUUGUGAUAUGGAUGGGCUGAGGAGGAUGUUCGUCAAAGUGUACAGUGACAAGCAAGAUAGCAAAUAG